GCGAGAGAGAAAGGUCGGGGUCGGAUAAAUAAUUUGUGCUAAAAGCGAGUCGGUUACACACACUCACCACCUCGCAGUCUCGAAGAAGCCACACUUGGGACUCACUAACGGAAUACAACACAGUAUCUUCUUUUGUUAAUUUGCUAGUUUGUUUCCCUGGCAAAAGCCUCCCAAUUUCGUCUUGGUCAGCAUGUCAUCUAAGGACGUGGAGAGUCUUCAGCCUACGGUGCGCAAGAGCAGCAGCAAGUGCAUCUACCUCUCACUGGCGUGCGCUGUGGUUGUGACCGCGCUUGUUGGAGCUGCAGCGUUCGUCUUCGCCUGGACAGAGUUAAAUAAUAAGAUGGACUUGUUAAGCAAGCAAAUAAACUUGUUGAACUCUACCCAAUCGACGGGGAGAGGGCAUCACGGAGCUGCCCCAUACGCUUCUCUCACUGGAGUAGACAAGUUUAAGUCGCGACACAUCGCCUACUUGAGGGUUCCCGACGGCAAUUUCCGUGGCAGCAGUAUGGAAUGGGAAGCGAUUCGCAUCGGCAACAGUUCUUCCGUUGGUGCUAUGUUUGACUACGACAGUGUUCAACACAAGCUGACGGUGAAGCGCGAAGGGAGCUAUUUCAUCUACUUGAACCUUAAAUUCUCAAACAGAGACCUGGACUGUAACAUGAAUGGCACGGUGAAAGUGACGCUCAAAUCAAAGGACAAGGUGCUGCUCUCGUGUGAGGUCAAACUGGCAGAAUGCCCGACUGUAACAGAAAAAUGCUGGGCUGUGGCUCAGCACCUGGAGCGCGAUAGCACAGUCAUUGGCGAUAUGUUCGUGCACGACAAACAGUCCAGUUGGACGCUCGUAAGCAACGAAUCGGGUUUCGGGAUGUUCCUCGUGGACAGCCCGUGAGUCUACCCUCCCUGGCGACCACUGUGGUUGGACUAAAAGCAAAGACUUGUUCCAAACGGACACGGCAAGUCCCACGGAGCUGAUGCACUUUUCUCACCUCAGGACACUGCAUGCACAAGAGAGACAUUGACAUUUUCUUAAGCACACAUUUCUCUAUUUAUAUGAUUAUAUAUAUGUUUUACUAUUUAUUGACAACAUACUAUGUUUGUAAUACAGACUCUCCUAAGCCUAGUCAGUUAUUUAUUGUUAAACGUGUUAUUAUUAUUUUUUAUAUGUAAGUAGGUAGCACUACAAUGACGGGAGACUUGGGUCAAUGGUUGGGUCAACUUAAGUCGUGAAAACUUGCACAGCACAGAGUUCAGUAAAGUUGACGUCAAGGUCAUGUGUUUGAUUGUUUUGACUGUAAUGAUUUGGCGUCCGCUAUGUGACCUCUAGGACGCCCCCUAGCUGCUUGUCAUGUGAAUAACAGUAUAUGAUGGCGUGUUCCAAAGGAAACAUAUAAAAAGUGAAGGCCUUGUUCACAGGCUGGACAUUUUAUGGAAGUACUUAUGACUGUUGGAUUACUUUAAAACACAUAGUGCAUCUACCUCAGAGAGAGAGAGAGAGAGAGAGAGAGAGAGAGAGAGAAAACUGUGCUUUCAUAUACAAUAUGUCACUCUUUGUCUCUUCCUGAGAUGAUACACAUGCUUGCUCCUCCCUCUCUGAGACUAAAGACAGACAGAUAGACAGAAGUAGAUGUACAGUCACUCUCUUAAAAAUGGACUCAAGUAAAAAUGAA